CCUUUUACAACUUUUUUCUCUCCCAAGCAUGCAACAACACAAGUCUAUAAGGUCAUUGAAACCCAAACAAAAUGUCACUUGACUAUUUUUGUUUUCAUUUAAGUUUGAACGUGUAGUGAAGUAGCAUUUUCCGUAAAGGAAAGCUGAGUCCAUUUUCAUAUGAGCUUUUCAUCAAGGUUAGAGAUGAAAGUGGAUGAAGCUAUAGUUUUUCGUUACAAAUUCAUAUUUAACUUAAUACCAUUUCGGGGAAAAGGAAAAAUCUUGUGACUUUUUUGCACAAGUGUUAAAAGUCAAGUGACCAUUUUGGUUAGAUAAUUCAGUGUGAAAGGCAGGUCAAUUUCUUGGAUUCUUUGAAGUGGACUAUGUGCAUUUGACAUAUGGUGGCGACUCACUGGAAAUGGAUCCCAUUCUUUGAGCUCAGCAACUACGUCUCUUUGUUGCGUUUUUAGUCUCCAUAACAAAGAAAUAAAUGUUAUGGGGUUAAAUGCCAACAUGAUCACUAGACUUAUGGUUGCUACAAAUCGGUCACUAAACUAAUUUUCCUGAUAGGGUAGUGUUUAUGAAAAAAAUGGUCACUUAGUUUGCUUCUGACUAGAAAGUUGUUCAGUUUCAUGUCGAUUCAACAUUUAAGAUAACCUUAUAAUAAUUGGUCAGCCACAAACUUAGUGGCUCUUUAUUUGUCGAGAUUAAACUCUUACACCUUACCCUCAACAAUAAAAGCUAACCCAACCUCAACUUGAUCCUAACAUAUUCGCACACACAGAGUAUAUUAGUAUGUUGAGAGUGGGAGCUAAACUGGAAUCAACAAAACUAGUUGCAAUUCUCCUUAGAGAAAAGGGAAUAAAGUUGAUUGAUCGCCUAUUACUUAAUAUUUAUUUGUCGUGCACCGUUAAGAAGAUUAGUUCGAAAAUCGAUAAUAACAACCCUUAUUUUUAGUGACCACUCUUGAUAUUUGUCCCAAGAUGAAGAUAAUUGGUACAUAAAGUGUACGCCCCAGAGUAAAUAUCCAAGAAAUUUCCAUGCAUGAUACCUUGAUCGAUUGGGUGCUAAGUGUGUCAUUGUCAAAGAAUGCUUUGGGAACAUUUUAUAUUGUAGGUGGUACGUACAAGUCACAAGUCCACUAACAUGUGUCUUUGUCAACCUUUUGUGACGAAACAUGGGUGACUUUUUUUCGUCCCUUAAAAAUAAUUAUCACCCCUCCAACAUUGCUCAGUGCAACGCGGUUACGUACGUGGACUGGUAGUUUGUAUGAAUGAUUAUAUGUACUCUCAGAUUAUCGAAAGCUACACUCUGGAUAUUAUAAUUGAGAGUGAUUAAGAGAUUGUUAUUGUAUUGGUAUGCUCGAUAUGUUAAUUGGGGACAAAGAUAUAUGGUUGGUCAUAAUCGUGGUAUCAGACAAUACUGAGUUGAACGUUUGAAAAUAUUUUCUAAUGGAGAUCUAUCGUAUUGAAUCACGGGAUAAUCAUAUCAAAUCAUAAUAGAAGGUGACUCAUUGGAUGACAUGUUACUACCACAACAUUGACAUUCUAUUAUUGCAUUUUGUUACUACCUAUGAAAUGCACUAAAGCUAACUAGCUAGAUGCAAUUUUGGAUAAUCAUGUCAUCAUCAUUAGUGAAGGUUACAUACAUUUCUAUAGGUCAUCAAUGAAAUUUGUUGUUUUUUUAGGGCAGUAGGUAGCUUAGCUAGCUAGCCCCUCCUCCCCCAACAUAACAAAAAAAAAAACAUGGGAUUAUGUUUUGGUAAUUACGCAAUUAUUGACUUUCCAACAAAUAAUCAAUCAAACACACCACCAACUGCGCUGAAAAGGAACUAUAGGUCAAACUUAAAUGUAUAUUUUUUCUGCUAGAUAUGUGGAUAAACUUUGAGGGACAAACCCUCAAACCCAUGAGAAAUAGAGAAGUCAAUAUCUUAGGAAAAUUGGGAAAGAGGGAUUAGUCUAGCGGUUUCAUCGUUAGUUUUCAAUUUGAAGAUAAUUCACACUUUGAAAGUGAUCGAUGAACCUUAAACUUAAGCAUGAUCUCUAUGGUACAUAUAUCACUUUCACGAAUUAAAAAUUAGUUUAUAAAAGUUCACGAGGACAUGAUUUUUUUUUACAAUAUAGUUGUUUUUUAGUCAUUUAUUUCCUUCGACGAUCAAUGCAAGACAAUCAGAUCAUCAGCUCACCCAUGAUAACUAAAGAGGCAUGGAAUCGAACAUCGUCCAAUCUGCUUAAUAGCGUUCAAACCUCGAGCGAAGAUUGAACAUGAAGUCUAUGUAUGUAUAUAUAUAUAUACAUGUGUGUUUGUUGAGUGACUCUUGAGAAAUGGUAAUUAAAUAUCCAUAUAUAACUUGUUUUUAUACUCUCAGUAAGAAGAUAACCUUCAUGGAGAUAUGUAUGAAAGCUAGACUCAUAGGACUAUAGGAGUAUCAAUCAUGGAAUGUUUAUAUAUAUAUAUGAUUAUUAUAUGUACACAAACUCUCUCUUUCUCUUUCUCUCUCUUCAAUUAAGCAACUAGAGAAGAUUAUUGAGAGAUCCUAAAAGCUUAUCUUCUAAACCAGCUCAGGACCACCUUUACCAGCCCUCACUAACAAAGAAAAAAAAACAAUUAUAAAAAUUAAUCUACACAUAAAAUACAUAAAAUUAACAUUAGACAGAAGGGUUUGGUCUUAUUGAUGAUGAAACUAAUGGCAAUGUCAAGUAUCUACCCACAAAAAAUAUACAAAAGGAGGAGACUGAAAGAGAGAUUCUAAGCUUGGGAUAAAAGACAAGCAGAAGCCUUGUUUUAAUUUAAUUAAUUAAAUAAAUAAAGCCUACCCUAUCUCAGUCUUUGCCUCAAUUUGUUUGGUGGUGAUUUCAGAUAUAAUAGUAUAAUAUAAUAGGGUUUCUGCUUUUUCCCUGAAAAUUUUGAUGGUUUUCUGCUUGUUAACUUCUAUGUGGGUUCAGGUUCUUCUUCAACUUGGCCCUUAAUUCAAAGUAGGGUUCAUCAAAUUAUUAAGUUAAUAUAAAACCUUAUUAUGUCAAUGAACAGAGAUGAUCCUUUUUGAAAAAAAAAAAAUAUCUUUGCAUUGUUUAUGGCCUAACCUUUUUGCUAGCUACAACUCUUCAUCUUUUAGAUUAUUGAAUAAUGAUUUCUACUAACCACUAAGUGAUGAGUUGCAAUAUCAAGGUCUCAGCUUGCUAACCUUAUCUCACAUCUGUAAAUAGUGUGGUGGAUAUUGGGUUUUUCGGUCUUGAAUCCGGUUUCAUUAGUUAAUCAUAGUUUAUAUAAAGUUUGAGAUGACUCGUGGACCGGAAACACGAGAAAGAUAUAUGAGAUAAAUGAGUUGAAUUGAAAGGAAAAACAUAUAGUGUGAUUCUUGCAUUUAAUACACAAAUGACUAAGAUAGCAUAUUGAGUAGGAAUGUUGUCAUCCAAUGUUGCCUAUAUAUACUAGCUCUUUGUUCUUGUCAAGGAUGUAAUUCUUAGAGCUAGCACAUGCAUUAACUAAGCAUACAAAAACGAGGACAUAUAUACAUGACCUCUUUCGAGCUAUUAUUUACGAAGUCGAUCUCAUGUUAGAAUUCUAAAUACUCCUAUAACAAAUUAUUAAUUUACGUAUAAAGUAUGAUUGAAUUGUGCGGACUUUAAACCCGUAUAUUGUAUCAUGAGAAGGAUCGUAUACCGUUCAAUCUUCUGGCUAGGGUUAGCUCUUAGACAAAGAACAUUUUUGCUUAAAAGUCGAUCUCAUGAUAUAACAACAAUUCAGAUAAUCAGCUGUAAACUAAUCCAAAAAGUAUGUGAGAGAGAAGCGCACACACCAUUUCUUCAAACCCUAAGAGUAAUAUUUAACCCUAAGUUCAUUACUACCACUCGGAUUGAUGGGAGAAGUCAUAAACGAUUGUAAAUCUAUCUUGUAUGAAGUUUGUAUAUUGAUUCAUCAUAUCUUGUACUUCAAUUAAGUUUUGAUGGAGUGGAUUCGCUGGACUAAAAAUACAUGAUUUCUUGAUGAUCGAAACUCUAUAUCUAUAACAUUAUGAGAAUAUGUAUGUGUCACAUCAAUACAGUGUUGAAAUAGGUAGUACCGGAAAUAAAUCGCAUGCACUCUUUAAUUGUCAUAAAUCAACUAGAUGUAUGGAUAUUAAUCACUUCAUUACAUACCCCAUUAAACGAAAGUCAUUUCAUGAGCUUGAAAUUUGCAUUGGUCGUCAUACCAUGUGCUUUAAGACAGUAAUUAAUAUUGAGGGUCGUGAGGAUUUAAACACGUGACCUCAAGUACAAACCAGCUCUGAUACCAUGUUAUAAACCAACUAACCUCAACACAUUGUUAUGUAUGCCAUAUUGAUAAUAGCUCUCUCUCAACAACUAGAAUUGCUUAAAGAGGUACAUACACACUUUGGAUAAAACACACGCUUUCAAGUAACCCUAGAGGAAGUAAGUAGAGAGAGAGAGAGCAAGUACAGGUUUGAAUUUUUGUUGGCUUGAGGAGAAGACUUUUUUCCCCCAAGGCCUUGCCCUAUAAAUCUCAAGUCAUCCCUUCCCCAACAUCUCUCCCCUCAUCAUCACAAGCAAGAACAAAACAAAACAAAGAAAGAAACACAAGUCUCAUCAGUCCCAAACAGAAUACAUCAUUCCUAGCCUGUUGCUGAAGAAGAAGAAGAAGAAGAAGAAGAAGAAGAAGAAGAAGAAGAAGAAACCUGCAAAAUUAAAAAAGAAAACAUGGGGAGAGCUCCAUGCUGCGACAAGGCAAAUGUGAAGAAGGGGCCAUGGUCUCCUGAAGAAGAUGCCAAGCUCAAAUCCUACAUCGACCAGUACGGCACCGGCGGCAACUGGAUUGCACUCCCUCAAAAGAUUGGGUUGAAGAGGUGUGGGAAGAGUUGCAGGCUGAGGUGGCUUAAUUACCUGAGGCCAAACAUCAAGCAUGGUGGAUUCUCUGAGGAAGAAGACAACAUCAUCUGCAGCCUCUACAUCAGUAUUGGAAGCAGGUGGUCGAUCAUCGCAGCUCAACUUCCAGGGAGAACCGACAACGACAUCAAAAACUACUGGAACACAAGGCUGAAGAAGAAGCUUCUAGGCAGAAGGAAGCAGCAACAACAACUCCACCACCAACAUCAACAAUCUCCUGAUCAUCAGGGCUCUCAGGCCGCCGCCACCGUGGAACAUGACCACCACCACCAUCAAGAUCAUCAGCAAAGUCCGACAUCAAGUUUGAGCAAUUCAGCUCUGGAAAGGCUGCAGCUCCACAUGAAGCUCCAAACCCUAAACCAAAACCCAUUGCUCCACAACAUGCUUUGGCCAAAGCUCCACCCUUUCCAAGAGAAGUUACUCCUCCAAGCCAUGAAUGAUGAGAACAGCAACAACAACAUUAUGCAAUUGCCUCUCUUGCCACAGCCAAUAAUGAUGGAAUCCCCACUAAGCAAUAUUGGAAAGGAGAUAAUGAUCAACCCUACUAAUAUUGCAAGUCAUGAGACCAUGGCCAUGACUGCUACUACUUCAUCCAAUACCACGACUACAACUACGACGACUAAUGGAAUGGAUCACUCAAAUUGCUCUCCUAGUAUGAUGAACAAUAACAAUAUUAAUGUCUCGAGCUAUGGUGGUGCUUUCCAAUUAGGUGGUGGUGGUGGUGAUGAUUUCAUGAUGGGGAACUUGGACAAUGGUACUACUAGCAGCCUGGUGUGGUGGUCGAAUGAGUUCGAGACGAAUGAUGUGCACUAUGAUAGGUCUGGAUCGUUUUCAUCCUCGUCGAAUGAUUCGAGCUGGGAUUGUGCUCUUCGAUCUUCUGAUGAUGCGGGUUUGUUCUGAAUGUAGAUCGUCAUGAGCACAAUCGAUUCGAAAUCGAGGAAAUGGUAUAGUAGCAGCAGUUGUGAUGUAUUGUAUUAUUGUUCUUGUGAUGGUUCAUAAGAUAUGGUGAUGAAAGAGAUGGGAGAGCUAGCAGCUGUAGCUAGCUUCUUUACUUUGUGGUUGUAAGCAAGUGUGUGAAUAAUGAAUGUUAGUAGUGGUGGGUACAUACAUGUGCAAGUUAAUUCCUCUGGUUAUGUGUGUAGUAUUGAUAGUUCUAUUUCACUUUGGACCUUGGAUCUAUAUCGAUUUUGAUCCUUUGUAGUUGGGCAUAGAAUAGAUUUGGUCCCUAGUUUUAUCCAUUUAUAACCUUCAAUAAGAUGAAAAGUAUUUU